AUGCCACUCCAGAACGUCUACUACGAGCGAAAAGUGGGCACGUCGCGACCGUGCUACGUCUGCAGACGUCCCACCACGACAGUACUUGCAACGCUCAAGACCGAGGACUUCUUGUAUACCUGUGAGGGACAUCUAUCAGAUGUCGCAACACCCAUUGCGACGCCACCACCGGGCCCAAGCGCCGAUGACGUCCGAAAGAUCGUAGAGGAGUAUCGAGCGCGCGAGACGCGACGCAACGACGCCAAGGAGGAGAAGAAGGACGAUAAGGACGACGAGAAGAAGAAGGAGAGUGGAGGUCUUCUCUCUUACCUCCCAUCACUCCCAGGCUUCGGCCAGGAAGAAAAAAAGGACAGCUCAUCUCCAAAGUCUCCUCGCUCACCGGCUCCUGUCAGCCCUGUCAACGUGCCCUCGUCGCCUGCACCACCUGCACACCGCAAGUUUGCGCUGCACCGCGCCAUCUUCUCUAAUCGGCAAGCUGAGCUGGCGCGCAAGGAGCAGGCCGCACGAGCUAAGGAGGUGUCCAAAAAUAUGCCGCAGGCACCGCGUGGUUCCUUCUGACACCCAUCCAUGUCUACAAGCAACGUCCAUUAUGUGUACAAGUAUAAACAAGUAGAUGUGCUAUGGUAUGGUACAAGAGUAGUCAUG